UGAAGAGAGCUUUCACGCGCGCAGUUAGUGUGAAUGACACGAGCUUUGCUGGAGAGCCGUUGGUUUGUGACGCACGGGUGACCACUGAGCUGCGCGAGGUACUCACGUAUCAGUUCAGUUCAGCUCAGCUCGGGAACACCGGAGACCGAGAAGUACGGUAGUAAUGUUGGGCUCAGAGGACCACGGAGAGAUUCGCAAACGCAACGGUACGGGAAUGAAGCGUCCAUUUAGUCCUGUUGAAGACGGAUCGAACAGACUGACUGAACAGACUGGGCAUGAGGGUGUGACCUCUGAUGGGGUGGAGUUUACCAGACAGGACGCCCCAUCUAUAAACCCUCGUCCGAAGCGGGAGCGCAAACACAGGUCGUACACACUCUGUGAAGUGUGCAACAUUCAGCUGAACUCCGCAGCACAAGCACAGAUACACUACAAUGGCAAAACACACCAGAAAAGACUCAAACACAUAAACAACAGCAACACAGGUACGACUGCUCAGGGGAGCCCCCUGCUGGCGUCAUUACCGGUGCAGGGUCGCCCGCUGCAGACCCCUCUGGACCUGAAACACUUCCUGCCCUUCCGGCUCAGUGGCUCCUCCCCCCUCAGCCUAUUCCCCAACUUCAACACUAUGGACCCGGUGCAGAAGGCCGUGAUAAACCAUACGUUUGGUGUUCCUCAGUCCCUGAAGAAAAAACAGGUCAUCUCAUGCAAUAUCUGCCACCUGCGCUUCAACUCCACGAAUCAGGCUGAGGCUCAUUAUAAAGGCCAUAAACAUGCUCGUAAGCUGAAGGCAUUAGAGGCUCAGAAGAACAAACAGCAGAGACGACAACUCGACAAUGCGCAUCACAACCGAGACAGAGACAGAGAGAAGGACAGAGAGAGGGACAGAGAGAGAGACAGCAACAGAGUAAAAACAAGCGCUCCGGAUCCACUUCCUGCUCUGCUGGAUGACACCGCCGUGGAGGGAACUGCAGUCUGUGACUCAGACCCUGUCGUCAGGGUGGAUGAUGCUCAGUCUAGUUCAGUGGUCCUGACACCGAUAUCGGAGGUGUCGUCUGCGGACCUGUCUGUCUCCUCCCCUCACUCCCAGCACCCAGACGGUCUGCUGGAUCCUGCCGGUGCCACCAGUGAGACAGGCGCUCAGCAGGACAGCCCUACGGGGGACACACCAGCAGAGAAAGACCCCAAAAAGGCCAAACAACAUCUGCAUUGCCCCAUCUGCAAAGUCACCGUCAACUCCACCAUUCAGAUGGAAGCUCAUAAUAGUGGCACCAAGCAUAAACUAAUGAUGGAUGGACAGAGUGUGUUGCCCCGACGACGAGGGAAAGCAAUGUCAUCCCGCGCCUCAUGUAAAAGCAAGCGAUUGGCCAGUAAGGGAAGUGUCGGCGUGGCCAGCAAGAGCUUCUACUGUGAAGUUUGCGAGAUCCAUGUUAACUCUGAGACUCAACUCAGCCAGCACAUGAACAGCCGAAGGCACAAGGAUAGACUGGCUGGGAAGCCCCCGAAGCCCAAGUUCAACCCUCACACCAAGAGCCAGCCUACCUCAGCAGCAUCGCAGGGUGUCAGAUGGAACGGUUAUGCGAGUGGUGCCGUGUCUGCAAUGAAGAAAGUUAUCAGCCAAUGCAAUCUCUCCUCUCUGUCCUCGCAGACUAAACUGGUUCUACAGAAGCAAUUGACUAAAAAUUUGGCCGCCAGCUUCCUGCCCACCCACAUGACUCCGCCCACCCUCUGCACAGUCGCGGCCAAUCCGCUUGCACUGCGACACCCACCGGGCACUACUUUCAUUCAGACGCCGAUCCUCGGCCCCGCCCUCUUUAGGCCAGCGCCUGGACCUCUGAGAGCCACACACACUCCCAUCAUAUUUUCCCCUUAUUGAUCACCCAUAAACAAAAUAGACACGCUCUUUCAACAAGGGCGCAUAUUCACGUGAUUUAGUCUUACGAUCCGAUCUCAGUACUGACGGUCUCUGUGCAAACUACGUCCGUGCUCCCGCUCUCUCCACGCUGUAUACACGCGUAUAUAUAAACACAAACACACUCCCAUAGUGUUCCCUAUCCUCCUCAAAGACUGUGACUCUGAGAGUGUCACUCUUGAACUAUGCAGCAAAGGGAGAGAGAGUGUGUGAGAGAGAUAGAGAGAGAGCAAGACCAUAUAUGGUAUAUGGGAGGGGCCUCAUUGCUAACACCAUGCACUAUGCAGAUGAACGCUUGAUUGACAGAACGCGACUGAUAAGGGAGUGAAAGAGCUAUAAGAAGGAUAUUUAGCUUUGCUUUAGGAGAUAUUUAUCAUUAUACAGAUAUUAAUCAGGUUUUUAUUCUAUAAUUUAUUAGAGGAAAGCCAAUUUUAGAGACCUAUAACUGCGCUAGCUGUUUGUUUGUUUAGUGAGGAAAUGCAAACAUCCCUUUACUUGAUGCUUUUUUUUUUUAGUAUUUUCAGUUGUCAUUCGUCUAUUUUCAUGUCGUUCCAUGUGGAUACGCUGCUGUCGGUCUGUGUAUUCACACGCAUUUCAAUUAACCUCAUCUGACCGACUUUUGUUACAAAUAUAAACCUCAUUGGUCUGUCAGUUUACAGAUGCUAAGGCUUUCUGUCAUGGGUAAUCACAGAGUAACACAGAGUGCCAGUCUAAUAGACGAAGGUGACAAUUUGGUAGCAAGGCAACACACACUCACACCCAAUCAGUGUCGUAAUUUUCUCAGUGUUGAUGCAUAGAUUAGGUGAUUUGAGAUUGCAGAUGCACACACACACACACACACACUCACACCCACGAUUUCAGAUGAGAUGAUUACAGUUCAGUCACAGUUUGACGUGGCCUUUUAUGUCCGCAUAUUUUGCUCUCAGUAUUUCCUUAUUACGGCCUCACAAAGGUCAGUACGCCUGUCAGAAAUCUGUCCGUGUCCCAUCUUGAUUAAGAUCUAAAACCUAACCAUGUUAUUUGCUUGUGUGUGUGUGUGUGUGUGUGUGUGUGUGUGUGUGUGUCUGAUCCAAAACCUGUCAUGAAUUCAUUAUUCCUUAGAUUUUAUUCAGAGCAACAUUUUUGAUUCUGAUUUAGUUGCACAGAGAAGCCAUUGUAAAAACAUAAUGACUGUAAUGACGGUUAAUGAAUAUUCAUCAGUACUGUUAAAGGGAGGGUGCAGGAGUAUUUUAAGAUUACGCUUGGAUAGCUAUGUAUUCAGUUUCAAAUAUAUUCAUCCUCUACAAGUAUACAAGUGUUCCUCUCAGAAUGCACAAAGUCACAUCGCUUUGCCCCAGAUCAGUGUCAUCUGAUGGUUUUGGGUGGAUUAAAGGGUUAGUUCACCCAAAAAUGAAAAUUCUGUCAUGAAUUACUCGUCCUCAUGUCGUUCCACACCCGUAAGACCCUUCAGAACACAAAUUAAGAUAUUUCUGAUGAAAUCAAAUAGAUUUUUUUAGCCUCAAUAAAAAGCAACUAAAUUACCACAUUCAAAGUCCAGAAAAAUUGUAAAAACAUCUUUAAAACAGUUCAUGUGACUGCAGUGGUUCAACCUUAAUGCUAUAAAGCGACGAGAAUACUUUUUGUGUGCAAAAACAAAAAUAAUGACUUUAUUCAACAAAUUCAUCUCUCCCCUGUCAGACUCGUAUGUUAUUUUUGUUGCAGCAGCCGACGCUGCUCACAUGAUCAGCACGAGGCAUGUGUGUGAUGCUGAUGGAGGAGCUGGACAAUAAUGAGUCGGCAUUCGGACAGAAGCGUGGAACUGCGUUCACUGCGUCAACUGCGUACGAUUCUGACAGAGGAGAGACAAAUUUGUUGAAUAAAGUCGUUAUUUUUGUUUUGUUUUUGCACAAAAAAAGUAUUUUUGUCACUUCAUAACAUUAAACAUAGUCAAGUUGACUAUUUUAAUGAUGUUUUUACUUCUUCUCUGGACCUUGAAAGUGUUAAUUGUCUUUCUAGCAAUGCAGGCCUCACUGAGCCAUCAGAUUUUAUCAAAAAUAUCUUAAUUUGUGUUCUGAAGAUGAACGAAGGUCUUACGGGUGUGGAACGACAUGAGGGUGAGUAAUUAAUGACAGAAUUUUCAUUUUUGGGUGAACUAACCCUUUAAGACUGCUCAUCUGACUCCAGACCUGUAGAAUUAGAUGUUGCAGUUAAGUCCAUGUUGUUUGAUCAGAGCCAUUUUUCAUCUGUCUGUCUGUUUUUUUUUUUUUUUUUUUUUAAACAUGCCCUAGCAUAAAGAGCUUUUUGUAAAUAUUUUAUGAAUACAGCUUUUAAAAAAGUGAAUCAUUACAUUUAUAAUAUAUACAAUUAGAGUAAAUAUGUAGAAUUUUAUGAGAUGUUUAAAGUAGAUUCUUUAUCUGGUUAUUGUAAUUAAUGUGAUAAUAAGAACGAUCUUUACUUGAUGAAGUUAUUACUUUUUGUCGCCAUUUCUUCAGAGACAUGCAUACUGAAAUAGGGAGAUAAUCUAAUUGCGAAGUAGAUAAGAUUAUGUAGUUUUUAUGUCAAAUUGUAAAUCAAAGUGCUUUGAAUCACACACGAGAGAAAGAAGGCGAUGGAAUAUAAGAAAUAUUGUUAAAAAACGGGCUGAGACUGGAACACCCAGACAAGGCCUCAGAGCCUGGAGUCACGGGUCAGUCUCAAGCCCACUCAGGGCUCUUGCUUUUCAGAGGACGUUUCGCCAUUUUGGGAAUGAAGCCUGGGGCCUUGAACAGAGCUAACUAACAACAGCCAUAUUGACACUACAAGAGGCACAACAUGGACAAAUUCUGUUUUUUGUUUUCUUUCUGAGGACACUUUAGAACAAGGACUUUGCUUGGAUCAAAUUCUCCUCUUUGUGUGUGUUUUGAUAACUCCUGAACGCCAAACUGAUCUCCAUAAGGUCCAUUGAAAGACACAUAGUGAAUGACAAAUGACACUGGUCCAUCAGUGGAUACCAAGAAGAUGUAACAAACGUAACUGCACCAUUCCUAGUUGUGUUGUCCUCGUGAGGUCCAUACAGCAGAUAUGGCUAGUUAUGAUACUUAUGACUGUAAUGGUCUCCGAUAGGUUGAUGGUUUCACAUGUUGUCCAAAAGGAACAGUUCCAAAAUAUAUUUAAGGUUGUUUGUUGGUUUUUUUUAUUUGUUGCUUUUUCAGUUCAGUGAAAUUCAAUCUUUAAGCAAUAAUGACGGAAACUGGAACCUUUGUAAGAAAACAGAAGAUGAUUCCAUUUCUUUCUCUCUCUCUAUCUUUAGCGUAUGUUUCUUACCUUGUUCUCUUAAUGUUGUGAGCGCUCUUAAUGAUGUAGGGUGGGCUAGUGUUUCUAUUGCCAAUCUGAAGGACAUUGGAAAGCUUAAUUUGACAUUUCCCUCUGUUUAUUUUACACCGAUGGAAUCUGUUCAUCACAGGACAGUCAUGGAAACAUCCGUUGCCAGCAGUGACAAGACAGUGGAUGGAAUUUUCCAUUUCGUCCGUGUUGGUUCAGGGCUAAUUUUACUAUUUGAAUAACACUCCCUUUUACUUCCUGCACUAGUUUGCCUGCCUUGUGCCAAAAUAUAUUCUCAUUAAUGCCAAAAUGCCAAAUUUAAGAUUUUGUUUUUAUAAUCCAAUAGACUGCACACACAAGAGAGCAAAACUCUCACAUAAUCAAAAAGCACAAAAAAAAAAAAAAAAAAAAAAAUUUCUUUCCCCAUCAGUGUUUUUAAAAUCAUGGAGCCUCCUGUGAAAAUGUGCAUGUGUGCGUGUGAACUGAAAAAUAUGUGAAUUGUGUCCAAUCCAACUAGAUGUUUCUUAGGCAUGAACAAAGAAGAGAUUUUAAUAAUGCUUAAUAGGGACAUGGCCAGUAUUGCGUAUUUUAAAUAUUGACAGACAUUAUAUAUGUUGUUUGUUCUUUGUGCUCAAUACAUUUCUGUCUGUGACUGAUCUAACAUUGAUCUGACCUGUCAGCUGACAUAAUGGGAAACGUAUUUUCAUAAGAUUUUACGUCUUGGUUUUCUGACUCAUUUGCUAUUUCUCUGUAUAGGGUGUGUGUGAAUGCGUAAAAAACGAAAUAAAGCAGAGAGUGAGAGAGAGAGAGAAAUAAAUCGAUUAGAUCUUC